AUGCACAUGAUUCCUCUCUAUGCCAUGCGUUAUCUUACGCACCUCUUACCAGGUCCUCUCCUACGACGAGCCUUCUUCAUGGGCGAGUUUUUCCGGGCCCUUGGUCACCUGCCCUUUUCUCCACUUCUACAAGAUCGUACGGAAGUGAAAGCUGGACCAUAAAGAAAGCUGAUUGCCGAAGAAUUGAUGCUUUUGAAUUCUGGUGCUGGAGGAAACUCUUGAGAGUCCCAUGGACCGCAAGAAGAUCAAACCUAUCCAUUCUUAGGGAACUCAGCCCUGAGUGCUCACUGGAAGGAUGGAUCCUGAAGCUGAGGCUCCAAGACUUUGGCCACCUCAUGAGAAGAGAAGACUCCCUGGAAAAGACCCUGAUGUUGGGAAAGAUGGAGGGCACAAGGAGAAGGGGAGGACAGAGGACGAGAUGGUUGGACAGUGUCUUCGAAGCUACCAGCAUGAGUUUGGCCAAACUGCGGGAGGCAGUCGAAGACAGAAGUGCCUGGCGUGCUCUGGUCCAGGGGGUCACGAAGAGUCGGACACGACUAAACGACUAAACAACAACAACAACAACAACAACAAAUGCCAGAAGUAGCUGUGGCCAAAAGUGGAUAUGUCCAUCUCUCUGCUCUCACAUAUACAUAAAAACCCUGCUGGAUCAGAUCAAAGGCCUAUCUAGAACAGCAUCAUGCUUCCCACAGUGAUGCAUGUUGGUACGAAUUCCCUAAUUUCACAUAUACACUUAUCGGGUCUGAACUGGUGUUGACUGACCAGAGAAGAGAUAUUGGGGUCAUGCUGAAUAGUUCGAUGAAAAUGUGAAGCUAGGAACGAGGACGAGAUGGUGGGACAGUGUUCUCGAAGCUACCAGCAUGAGUUUGACCAAACUGCGGGAGGCAGUGGAAGACAGGAGGGCCUGGCAUGCUCUGGUCCAGGGGGUCACGAAGAGUCGGACACGACUAAAAGACUAAACAACAACAACACAAGAUCGUUUCAGAGGUGAGUUAACGGCGCAAAGUAUCCCUGCGCAUUCCCCCCCCCCCCGCGCGCGCGCCUGCCUCCUUUCCGCGCCUGCGGUUUCGUGGGGCGCGCGCGCGCAGGCGGCGCGUGGGCGGGAAGGGGGCGCCGCUCGCAGCCCCCUCCCCCGCCCUCCCCGAGAGGCGCUCUCCAAUCCCCGGCAGCCAGCCUCUUCUUAAAGUGGCGCUGCUGUCGGGCGGCGAGGCACUCUUCGCCGCGGCUCCUCCGACUUUCAAGCGCGCUUGCUGCUUCUCCUCAAGCGAGCCGAGGCGGGGGCCGAAAAGGCGCUCGGAGAGCAGCCGCGCCCUCAGCCCUUGCCGUCCGCACGAGAGCGCGCGCCGCGGACUUCCCGCCAAAUCGCCCUCCUCCGCCAGGUGGGUGAUUCUCACGGCCCCGGGGCUGUGAGAGAGGGGGGCGGGGAGGGGGCGGCAGACCCCAAAGUGCGGGAAAUGGGUUAGGUAUAUCUAUAAAGUGCGGGGCAGGAAGUUUCAGAGCUCACCAGCGUUUCACAGGGGGACAGGAUCUUCUAAGGCGGGGGGGGGGGCAGCUCCCAAGAGACUGCGAUCUACUCACAGAGUUAAGAACUGGCAGUGAUCGACCCCCUUUUGGGGGGUUCAGGUCAAAGUUGUUGAGCUUUUCUUUGGGGAGGAGGAAAGCCCGUUUUUAGGGGUGCCGGGCAAAGCUUUUCUUUAGGGGAGCCAAAGUUAUUGAGCUUCUGAGGGGGGGGGCAGUGAUCUACUACAAAUGUCCAGUGUUUUACCGGUAGGUCACGAACUACCUGUUGGACAUGUCUGUUCUAAGAGAACUGCCGCUUUUCUCCUCCUGACAAAGUUUUCGGAGCUUUGCAACCAAUACUGUGUAGUAAUAGUAUUAUUAUUAAUAAUAAUAAUAAUAAUGAUAUACUGUGUAGAGCACAGGGCAAAAAUUUGACAGAAGUUUCCCCAUCCCUGAGUUUCUGUAAUGAGGGAAGCUCCACCUGUUGAAUUUCCACUUGCAAAGAAUUUGCUCAAGUCUGGGGGACGUGUGUGUGUGUGUGUUUGUGGCAGGGUUUGUGCCAAUGCGACUCUUUGAUCUCCCCGUCAUAUUCUCUGGUUCAGCAUGCAUUUGAGAUUGCCGGGUGAUGCUUAAUAAAGAGAGAAACACAAAUUGGUCGCUUCCUAAAAUCUGCUAGCCAUCCUGUCGUAUUCUCCAUUAGCUGAGGUUUAUGGUUGCUCCGAAGUGUGGGGAAAUGUGGGUUCUAAUCUGCGUGAGUGGUUCUGACUACACACAUUGAGGGCACAUUUUCCCUCAAAGAAUUCUGGGCACUGUAGUUUGCCCCUCGGAGUUGCAAUUCCCAGGAACCCUUACCAAACUACAGUGCCCAGAAUUCUUUGAGGGAAAGAACAUGUUUCAAAUGUGCCUUAGAGGUAUAGUAUGGAACCAGUGGGUGGGAAUCGGUUGUUUUGAAUCAAUUGCCACAGAGCACGAAGAUGUCAUAUGCAUAUGUAACAGAGGGAAUGGCAUGACCAGGCAGAGGAGAAGAGAAGCUUUUUUAAAAAAAAUUUUUUUUUUUUAUUUUUUCCAUGCUUAUUUCCAUGCUUAUUACAUACCUAAAAACAACAAUGGAGAAGAGAAGCUUAAGGGGAGACAUGAUAACAGUCUUCUUCAAAUACCUGAAGAACUGACACACAGAAGACCAAGCAGAAUUUCUCUCUCUUGGUUUGGGCUAGAAUUCAUGGGUGGAAAUGGUAGGGAAGCAGAUUUCAGCUAAACAGUAGAAAAAAUGACUGUUUUUGGCUGGGGAGUGGACUGCCUUGGGAGGUGGUAGCCUGUCAUUCACUGGAGAUAUUUACAUAGAGGUAAAAAAUACUGUAGCAUCCAGGGUAUAUGAGGACCCCUUUGCUUUGCCCAAGAGACCCUCAGAAGAGGCAAUAACCCUGAGUCUUGAAGGAGAGCCAUGCACAGAUAUGGAAGAUAUACACAGCAAAGGUAAACAUAGAUUUGCUAAUGGGUAUAUGGUCUAAACCACUGAGCCUAGGGCUUGCCGAUCGGAAGGUUGGCGGUUCGAAUCCCCGCGAUGGGGUCCCUGCUCCUGCCAACCUAGCAGUUCAAAAGUUCGUCAAGUGCAAGUAGAUAAAUAGGCACCGCUCCGGCGGGAAGGUAAAUGGAGUUUCUGUGCGCUGCUCUGGUUUCGCCAAAAACGGCUUAGUUAUGCUGGCCACAUGACCUGGAAUAACUGUCUGCGGACAAAACCCUUGGCCAGUAAAGCGAGAUGAGUGCCACAACCCCAGAGUCAUUCACGACUGGACUUAACUGUCAGGGGUCCUUUACCUUUUUACCUUUAUAUAUUCAUCAGGGAGGUGCAGCCUGUCCUGGCUCCCUGGCAAGUGAAUCUGCAUGAUACAUUUGCUUGCAAAACACCUCUUUGUCACAUUAUUAUGUACACCUUUCAAACUUUUUAAGUUAGCAGCCAAAACAUGUGAUGUAAUAAAGAAGAGUAGCCAAUUCAGUGCGGUGAAUUGCUGUGCAAAGUACUGAAGAAGAUUGAUCUCUAUUUUGGAGAUUUUGCAGGCACAGAUAAUCCCAUUUCUAAGCUUUUCAGAGCAAACACGAGAUAGGGUAUAGUUGAUAGCAUAGGGCCCCUGAGCAGUUGCCCCUCUUUCAGUGCCAGCCUGGCCAUGCUGCCUACGGACGUUUUCUUAUAAGGAUGAAUUAUUUGGUAGGCAGGAUCAAGUGCUUCUGAGUGCCCAGUUUACUAACUUGCAUCUCUGGCAGGACAGCUGCUGAAACUUAGUGCAAGUUAACUGUUUGCUAACAGACUGGCUGCAUUUUAGAGGAGUAGUUUUUCUUUUGGUAGAAACUGCUUUUCAGUGUAAAUGAGUGGGGCUGCUAUUUUCAGGGUUAUAGCAAUUUUGCUGUAAGUUUGGGGAGGUGAACUGUUAGUUUACCAAAUGAUUUUCCUUUAAUGGAGAAAACACUUGGCAUCAGACCAAGCAAGUAAGUUUUGAAUACUGCCUUUGAUCUGGUAUAUUUUGGGGUAUUUCUCUAUAGAUUACAGUAUCUCAUUUCAGACAUAACACAGUUCUGCUUCAGGUAUGUGUCUAAGCAAAUGUGUGAGUGGCGUUGGAUGGCUGACCAAGGCUGAGUUAAGCAUGAGGGUGAACAUCAAUAUGCUGGAGUAUCACUAGGAGCAAGCAGGAAUAUGGAUGCAGAAAGGAGUGUGUCUGAGAGAGAAAACUUUUUAUAGCAGUGUGUUUGUUUAGUGUGACAUACACAAUGCUUACAAUAAGCAAUCAUAUGUAUGCAUCCGUGUAAUGUGGAUAUAUUGAUAAGCAUGCAUUAAGAUGUGUAAGAGCAUCUAUGUAAUUGCACACUGCAGUUAUGUAAAGACUGCAGUCCUCAAAGUUAGGCUCCUUAUGUUCAGAAUAACAGGAUGGCAGCUAAAGUCAUCAGCCCUUGCAUGCUCUCUCCUCUCCAAGGAUCUCAUGACUAUCAGCUACUUAGAAUUAGGGUUGCAUUAUUUAGGGACUGGGAGCCAAUGCAGAUCUCUCUGAGAUCUAAUGUUGCAUAUUCACACUGGUCAGACGUACACAAGAGCAGGAGGCAGCCCACCUGGUACCAUCCAGAUGGUAUUGGACUCCAAUGCCCAUCAACCCUGAAAAUUUGCCAUCCUGCUGGGGCUGAUGGGAGCUGUUGUCCAACAUCAGCUGGAGGCAACCACAUUGACUAACCCUGCAUUAGAGAAUGCUGAUAAUCUGAUUUGGGUUACUAUGAACCAUUGCUACUGUACCUCCAAGUUUUUGUAAUCCACCUAGAGGUUCUUUUUGCAAUCAAGCAGUAUAUACUUAUGGUUAAAUAGCUAGCUAAAUAAAGAUAUGGUGCCUCACUAGUUUUACGCCUGCAUUCUGAUUUUCAAAGCAUUAUUUGUCUGCAAACUCACAGAAAAGUCUGUAAUCCUGGUUGAGAUGAGUUUAGAAAAGCUUCGAAACUGAAAAUGGGACCGAGAAAGUAAGAGUGAUAAAAAGGAAACCAUGCAGGAGGAAAUGUAAAAACGAUUAAUUCUGUUUACAACUAUUUAAUUCAUAUAAAACAUUUUUAGCUGUAUUCUCUGUCUGCUGCCUCCAAAGUUGCAAACAGUUACAAAUAACAAAAUACUGAAAUAAUGUGUAACCAUAUAAAACCUGGCAGGAAAACAAUAAUAGUAGCCAGCAGAUUUAAAAGAUACUAUCUGCAGCUGUUUAAAACAAUAGCUUCCAGAUUAGCUUUCUUUACAAGCCAUGUUUUUCCUUUUUUCUGGAAGGCUGGCAGUGGUAGAGCUGAGUAGACUUAAAGUGGGCAACGUAUCAUGUGGGUGCCAUGGAGGAGACCAAUGCCCUUGCCGGACGUUCUUGUCUAAAAAGAUUCAUCCCAGAUUGUAAAGGGCUUUAAGGGUUAAAUACCAGCACUUUGUAAUUAGCCCCAGAAGGAAACAGGCAGCCACAGUGGUUGAACCAAACAGUGUUAGAAACUGAGAUAUGAAAGCUAGGAGCUAAAUGGCACCUUAAACCUAGGUUAUGGGCACAACAAUGGAAUGUCUAGGCAUGCUUUUUUAUAAGAAGAAUACAAAGCUGAAAAUGAAUGAGCUGCAGCUAAAAUAUGAUGCUCAUUUUUCACAUGGUCUAGUUCUUCCCCUGCCCACCCCCCUAAUAUUCUUAAGAGGGUCUCUUCUCCAGUCUACAGAGAGUAGCUAGAAGUGGGGAGGCAGAAAAGGGGCCUCUUUUCCUUCCACUCUGCAGUUUUAAUCUGAAAUCUUAGGCGCAGCCAGAGCUCGGAAGCUACUUGCACUAAUGAAAUUCCCUGUCGCAAAAUGCGCCUAGAGCAGGGGUCUGCAACCCGCGGCUCCGGAGCCGCAUGUGGCUCUUUUACACCUUUGCCGUGGCUUCGGGGCAGAUACUAGCGAGGGGAGGAGGCGCAUUGUGCGCCCCGACACUCCCCACUGUGGCUGGUGCUGUACUGGCUGUGACGUCGCAUGGGGGCGGUGCGUGCGUUAGUCACGCAUUGUCCCAACGUCGCCUUCCCACCUGCUGUCAGAUCGGAGGGCAGCGGCGUGCAUGCUUUAAAUGUCGCAAUGGUUUUGCGGCUCCCAGUUGUUGUUUUUCUUCGGAAACGGGUCCAAGUGGCUCUUUUUGUCUUAAAGGUUGCAGACCCCUGGCCUAGAGCAAUGGGAGUUUCGAACACUGGAACCAAAAUGAGAAUAAUGGAUGUGCCCUGGGACAUGCCUAUCUCAGGCUGCUGCAUUUUGCACCAGUGGCAACUUCAAAAAGGCAGAGCACAUUGCAGUCACCCAAGUGCAUUUUAGGCACCCAUCUAUGUCUUAGAAAAAGGCAAAGUGACUCAUUUCCCUUCUUGAAUUUUUAUUUUUUUAAUUAUUUGUUUAUUACUUUCCCCUUGCCAUGCACAGUGACCACCCCCCCAUUUGUCGUUUGUUCAGGAGCACAAUCAGUAAGGCAAAAAGCUUACCAUAGUGCAUCCAAACUGAAAUCAUACACUUCUCUUCUUGCUGGUGCUACAGUCCAGCUUUGGUGUCGUAUAGUGGCCUCCAGCCAGUGAUACCCUCUCAGCUAGGAACAAUGGCGUAAAUUUCACCAGCUCAUCAGCAAACCUGUAUUUGCAAGCUACUGCUAGCUUAUCAAGGACUUUAUUUCGAAACUUAAUUAGGAACACAAUAUUUUAAAUCCACCAGAGAAGAAAACCUACUUCAUAUAUUUUACGUGAGGAAUAUGCAAGUCACCAGAUGAGAUUAUUGCAAUCUAUGCAAGUGUUGGCAUACUCAGGAGGUGCAGAAUCUUGUUGCUUGGCUAGUAACAAAUAUGAGCCUGUGGUUAAACAACUGAGGUGGUUACUAGUUUGCUUCCAAUCCUUCUGUGGGCUGUCCAUCCGUUUGCCUCUUUAAUGCAAUUCCCUAAACAAGUGAAAUGAAUCUUGUUUCGCUGUCCUGUUGGAAGUUAGUCCCUUUCCAAUUUUCUGCUGUUGAUGUUUUUGUAUCGAAUCUUGUUUUGCUUUAGUUUAUUUUAUUAUUUAUACAGUGGUACCUCAGGUUACAUAUGCUUCAGGUUACAUACGCUUCAGGUUAAAGACUCCGCUAACCCAGAAAUAUUACCUUGGGUUAAGUUCUUUGCUUCAGGAUGAGAACAGGAAUCGUGCUCUGGCGGCACGGCAUCAGCAGGAGGCCCCAUUAGCUAAAGUGGUGCUUCAGGUUAAGAACAGUUUCAGGUUAAGUACAGACCUCCAGAACAAAUUAAGUACUUAACCCGAGGUACCACUGUAUUCUAAUUGCUUUUAUAUUAUUGCUUGCAUGUCACUUCAGAGCAUAAACUGAAAAGAAGCAUAUGCAUCUUUUAAAUAAUUCCCAAACAAUUGUGGCCAGUGUACCAAAUGUUUCCUGCUACUGAGGAGACCUUUUUUAUCUUACUGUUACAGCUGAGACUGUACCUUCUUCAUUAAAUAUCAGGGCAGACAGUGUUCUUGAUCCAUGGUGGUUUUAUUAGAUUGUGCCUACAAUUAACCUAGGCUUGUUAAUCCAGUGAUGGGUUCCAAAUUCUGACACAUGGGCUGAUUGGCUGGGGAAGUAAUGCCCUUGUCUUCAGUAGAGAGGAUAUGUCUGACUGAUAAAGGUUAAUACAAGUAUUAUAUUGGGUUGUAUCAAAGGGCGUAAUCUGUGAGUCCAGAUUGCAUGCCACUAGGUAGGUAAUUUCAGUUUGAUUCGUUCUGUUCCUGAGUAGGAGACAGAAAGCAACAUUUUAAUUGUGUGCAAAGAGAGCAGCAGAGAUGGAAUUUAAGCCUAAGAGUUCAAAGAAGGGAGGUAGCUAAGAAAGCAUUGCUUUGUUGUCUUCUAAGGCUGUGCAGAGAAAUUAUUUCUGUGGAGCAACAAGAGUAACUUCCCAUCACCACGGUCACACUAGCCAGAUUCUAUUUUGAUAGAUGAUAGAUAGAUAGAUAGAUAGAUGAAAGAUAGAUUCUAUUUUGAUAGAUGAUAGAUAGAUAGAUAGAUAGAUAGAUGAAAGAGAAUGGAGCCUUUUUGUAGGUGGGGUUGCCUGAUGCAUGACAUGUUCAUUUAAAAGAAAUUUAAACACUCACAAACGUCGUCCCCAGUUCAUGUGUCUUGCUAUAGGAAAUAACCAGGUUUGCAUAUGAAAUAAACAUGUUUGACAGGUAAUGUAUGGUGGUGUUCUGUUUCUAGCUUUAGAGAGGAUUCAGUAUAAUCUUUUAAAAAAACAAAGUGCUAGCUUUCCCAGAAAUUAAUUGGCCAGUCAUUAUGUAGUACUUAUAAGGGAAUAAUAGGCAGUGACCUCUUGUUCCUCUUACAAAUCUGAAGCGUGAAAAUGGCAGUGUGCUAAUUAAAGUUCCACAUAAAAUUGCUUGCUGUUAUUUAUCUGCUUUCUUUUUCUUCCCAUGAUGAAGGAUAUGUAUGUUGGUACUCCUGUGCUCCCUCCACACUUUGCAGUUUCCAUUUUUCACACUCAUAUUCUCCCGCUUUCUCUCUCUUUCUGAACCCUCUCCCACUGCUCCCCUUCCCAAGCUGUCGCUCCCUCGGGAAGAGAGAAUGAAGAGUCCUCUGGUGCUGACAGUGCUGCUGUCCUUAAUAGCAGCAAAACUGUGCCAGGCUUACUGUAUUGAGUCCCAGGAGCAGCAGCUGCCCAGCGGAAUGCAAACAAAGGUGAGAGUGGCUAGAAUUUUGUUGGAAGAGGGGAUAGGAGGUUGCUGGUGAGUGGAACGGCUUCUGUGCUGGGUAAGGAUCUGCUCCAAAUAAGUUCCUGCCAUGGUACCAGUGUGGUUUUUAGAGCCUUGCAUUUCAGGAGUUGAGACUGAACCCAUCAUCCACUUCGGAAAACCUGAGGACUCAAAAUACUAAAGUUAAUGCAUAAUUUUGUUUUACCCAGAUAAGGUAAAGGUAAUGGGGGGGGGGGAGACCCCUGACCAUUAGGUCCAGUCAUGGCUGACUCUGGGGUUGCGGCGCUCAUCUCGCUUUAUUGGCCGAGGGAGCCAGCGUAAAGCUUCCGGGUCAUGUGGCCAGCAUGACUAAGCCGCUUCUGGCAAACCAGAGCAGCGCACAGAAAUGCCGUUUACCUUCCCGCCGGAGGUAAGGUUACCUAUUUAUCUACUUGCACUGUGUGCUUUUGUUUUUUUUUUUUUAAAAUCAUAUUUAUUGAAGUUUCCAAAAAUAUAAAAGUACAAAGAAAAAAGAUAAAAGAAAGAAGAUAUUUAAAAACCUUACUUUCAUUCCCUACUUUCUGAACUCCCCCCCCCCCGGUUGUAUUCCCCUUUCCUUAAUUUGGUUCUACAAGCUCUCACUCCCAAAUUUAAAGCUUAAUUUGUUUAACCCACUAUCCAAUUUGAAUUGUACAAAUCUUACCACCGUCCCACAUCAUUAACAGAAAAAGAAAAAAGAUUUUCCCCAAGAUCCACCCCAGUUCCUUCCACAAAUUCCCUUUUUUUAAACACGUCCGAUCAAAGUAAAAUAACAUGCGUAAGUUAUGUAAAGAAAUAGAAAAUAAAAGAUAUAGAAAAGUUCAAAAAUGGUUACACAGCCUUUGGAUUUCAAAUCUCCCCCUUCCCGGUUUGAAUUCCCCAUGUCCAUCAGUCUAUACAUUAUCAGCUUGGAAAUCUCAUUUCAUGACCAGAUUUCUCCCGAUUCCAUCUUGCCGGUUUUCUUUUAGUUUAUUAAUUUAAAUAAUAUUUGACUUCAAAUGUCCAAUCUAACAAAGGCCUUUAAUUUCCUUGAUCUUUACCACUCCUCCCGUUGUUCUUUCCGUGUCGUAAUCAGUCCUUUAUUCUUCUUAUUCCUCGCUUUCUCAGGUUUCUUGUCCUGUUCAGCUGCUAAAACUUUCUAAUUCAGAAAUCUAGUGUCUCUGCAGAGGUUUGUUAUUCAGGAACAAAAACUUACGUCCAGUCCCUUUCUUUCUUCAAUAAAAAUUCCAUUGUCUUCCUCUGUAGACAAAAUACUCUUUCAGUUUUGCAGCUUUCCCAGAAGAUAACAAAUCCUGUGCGAAUCCCAGGGUAUUUUUCCACUUACGACCGUUCUUGUAGUAUCCUGAAACCCCUCUAGGGGGAUUGUAAUAACUUUGUAUCCUCUAAUCCAAAAGUCAAAUUGUUGCUUAUUUUCCAACAGUUUAUAUCCAUAUUAUAGCAAAUUGUAGCAAAAUUUACCAGCAAAGUCCUCAUAAAGUCCUCUUUAUAUUCUCCAGCUUUGACAGCCACUUUGACAGCUGUCAAAGUCUCCGUCUCUCUUCACCAGGCUCCACGAAUCGCCCCAGUUCCCAGGGGGGGGGGUUGCAUUUUACUUCUCAUCCUCCACUCUUCUCCUCCAGCUCAUUUCUUAUAAUUUCCCAUCGUGAAAUUAAUGAUUUUUAUCAGAAACAUACUUCCCUUUGGACCUUGGUUACCCAGUCCUUGUUUUGGAAUGCUUACAAUAGGGGGGGGGAUUGACUUCCUUUUUAAAUCGCCCCCCGCUCGUGCCAAAUCCAAAAUCCAAAAUUUUAAACCCGGUUUCCCAAUUACUCACGGGUUGUUGUUAAAAGUCCAAAUUUUCAAUAGAAGAAGUCAGCGCUCUCCGUCGAAUGGCAUGCGGCUGCGCUCGGCAGGGAAAGCAGUGGACUCAAGCACCACGCCACUCCCCGGCACCCGAUCCGAAGCCUUUAAAAAGGCUCCUUCACGAGUCGGGAGGGCGCUAAUGGUGCAAGCCGAGUCACCCAUGUCCACGGACUCCGUGCCCGUGGUUUUUAAGGGUCCCCGCGUCGCCGGCGCGGUAGGACCCAGCCCCUGCCGAGCAGACUCCCUCCGGAGCUCGGAGGGAGUCCGCCAUUCGGCGAUGGCGCUAACCCGGAAGUCCCUGCACUGUGUGCUUUUGAACUGCAAGGUUGGCAGAAGCAGGGACCAAGCAACUGGAGCUCACCUCAUCGUGGGGAUUCGAACCGCCGACCUUCUGAUCAGCAAGCCCAAGGCUCUGUGGUUUAACUCACAGCACCACCCGUGUCCCUUGAUACCCAGAUAGAAGCUAAUUAAACAAAGAUAAUAAUCCCCAAACACUCCCCUGUUGUGACUUCUGCAACAGUAAAUUGUCCAAGGCUUGGAAAAGUUAUUCUGAUGUUUCUCUAUAUUUCAUGGGUUUCUUUCCAACAUAGUUUUUCUUCUAACGUUUUGCAAACAGGAUAUAUUUCAAGUUUUGACAUACAACACAAAAUUGGAUUCUGCCCCCUGCCCCCAAUUUCAUUAUUUUUACCUGAUUUCCUACAGUGUAAAAUGGAAAUGAACAAACAAAUAAUGGAAAAUAUAUUACCAAUGUACACUGUUUUAGAGAAUCAGGAAAUGUGAUCAUGCCUAGUCACUUUCUCAAGGCUAGAAACCUGAAUCAAUUAAAAAGAAAGGUGGUACUGUGUAAUUUAUCUGUUGACUUUCACCUGCAGUUGCUACAGUUUGAAGGAGUAUUGAGGUUUAUAAUACAGAGGAAGAUCCUAUUUCUUCCCUAUAAAAAUGUUAAUUCGGUUCCCCCAUAAACACACCCCAUGGCAAGACAUUCAUACAUCUUUCAUCUAAGGCAGUGGUUCUUAUCCUUUUUGAGGGUCACAAACGUCUUUGAGAAUCUGAUAAAUGCUGGACCCUGCCCCCAGAAAAGUGCACAUACACAAACAUAAGUUUGCAUAUAAUUUGGCUUGGUUCAGAAACCCCUGGAAGCCAGAGCAAUGUACUUCAGACGACUUCUCCUUUUAUCCACACAACAACCCUGUGGAGUAGGUUAGGCUGUGAUACAGCAAUUGGCCAAUGGGACUCGUGGCUCAGUGUUGAUUGAAUCCAUGUAUCCUCAGUCUUGAGUCCAAACUUCUAAAAUGAUAAACUGCCUUCCUGAACUAGUGAAUUUCUCAAGAGAGGAAGUUCCGUAAUGUUCAGACCACAGCAGAGAACCCAAGCAGCUGCUGAAUUAAUCUUGUUUGAUGAUAGCAUGUUGAGCAGGACCUCCAUUACAAAGCUGAAACUGAAAACAAAUACUGAUUCCCCUACUACUCGGUGUUUUCAUUGUGACUCCUUUGGAACAGGGAUUAACUCUCCUGAGCCUGCUUAGAGAGCCCAGAAGCAUCUGCCUGGUCAUGGCUGGCUACUGCUCCUGAAGGGCUCUUCAUACAUUUCUGGCACAACUAGAACUUUGGGAUUGCUUUGGCUCACAAAUCUUACCAAUCUAUUUAUUACACAAGAACAACAGGACCUAAACGCAGCAGGAGAGGUUUCCAAAUUCCUUGUUAAUGAGCCCUGCUUUACAUGCAGUGAUUUUGUACACAGAUGUAACUUCUGUGUUGGAAAACCAUAAGCAUUUUCUGUGCGUGCCAUCAUGUGAAGUGCAUGUGAAUCAUACACACACACUUUCUGCAUUGGUGGGACUUGAGGCAGUGUAGAGGGGUCUUCCUGGUGGUUUCCCAUCUAAACACUGAGCAGAUCCAGACCAGCUUAGCUUCAUGUUACUUAAGGCCUUUCCUUGGUGACCUUUGGCUACACAUGGACCCUGUAUAAUAGUGAACACUUGGCAAAUGGCAGUUUAAUUUGGUACAUGCACACAAUGAUUCAGUGAACUAGCCACAUGUGAACCCAUCACAGGCAAAUGUGUACAUAUGGUUUCCCAGCAUGGAUGUGGUAUCUGUGUUUGUCACACAUCUCCGUCCCCCGCCAAAAAAUAAAAUAAAAUAAAAUUCCUGGAAUCUGCAGUUGAUUAAGCUCUGUGAAGGGUAAACUUCAGUUCACAUUUCUUUGAGGGGAGUCAUGUGCUUUAAUAAUAAUAAUAAUAAUAAUAAUAAUAAUAAUAAUAAUUUAUUAUUUAUACCCCGCCCAUCUGGCUGGGCCUCCCCAGCCACUCUGGGCGGCUUCCAUAGAAACAAAAAAUAUGCUUUAAAUGUAUGGUGUGGGUGAGACUGAAGUAGCCAUCCACUUGUUCUGUUAUCUGUGAUGGAACAAUGGGACUCAAGUGUAAAUUAUGCUAGCUGAAUCAGAGGAGUUAUUACAUGGGUAUGGAGGCUGGAAACUGUUCAAUGAACAGACGAGAACAGAGAAGAGGUAAUGAAGAAGUUAAUGCAAAACUGGUGCCCUAGUUCAGGCAUAGGCAAACUUGGCCCUCCAGAUGUUUUGGGACUAUAAUUCCUAUCAUCCCUGACCACUGGUCCUGCUAGCUAGGGAUCAUGGGAGUUGUAGGCCAAAAACAUCUGGAGGGCCGAGUUUGCCUAUGCCUACCCUAAUUUGUAACAAAGAAGACGUGGCUUUGCAGGUGAUUCUAUCAGAUGUGGACACCAGCAGUACAAAGAGAGAUAAGCCCGGACGUGUACCUACAACACAGGGAGCAGGCUUGACAUCCCUCUGCCCCCCCCAAAAACCCCCAUGAGCGAUCUUGUCCAUCAUAUGCAGUGGUCCAUAGUUUACAUUUUAGUAAAUAAAUAACGUCAAUUUUCCUCUCCUGGGCACUCAUUCACUUAUUUUAUAUCAACAGACUAAACAGACUAUUCAGGCAUUAAUAUUGAUGAUAUUGUGCUUUAUUUUGAAUGGGGUGGGGAGCAAAGUACUGUGAUAGGAAGGGAAGCUCAAGUAAGUGAGAGACAACGUGGGCAUAUGGAUGGAAAAGCAUGACUAGAAGCCAAUAGAUUUGCAGGGUGGGGCAGACAGAUUUGCAGGGCAUGAAGCUCCCCAUUAUUGAAUACUGGAGCCUUCUCCAGAAAUGGCCCCUAUGUUUCUAAAACAUAUCAUGUGCACCAUAAACAGUAUACAAGUUUCUUAUUUAUUUUAUUUAUUUAACAGUUUGUAUACCACUUAAUAACAGGGGUGCUAACUUCAAUAAAAUAUUGGGGGGGGGGGUAGGUAAGCCCUACCACACAUAAUUGAUCACAAGACGUGGCACAUGCACACCAUUUGAAUGGCAAUGCACAUCAACUUGGGGGGCGGCCCUCUCAAAUAUUUUAUGGGGUGUGUGUGAAGGGACCUCAGCCCCUAGGAAUUGGGUCCUAUGAUUACAGUUAUGUAGAAGAAACCUAGCAAAUUAGACUAAAAUGAUUCAAACUAUAAAAUCAGAGUUCAAUUUUAAAAGCCCUGCUGAGAUACAAAAAAGAAUAAGUCUUCAGUAAGGACUAGGGUGUGGGUGGCGCUGUGGUCUAAACCACAGAGCUUAGGGCUUGCCGAUCAGAAGGUCGGCGGUUCGAAUCCCCGCGACGGGGUGAGCUCCUGUUGUUCGGUCCCUGCUCCUGCCCACCUAGCAGUUCAAAAGCACGUCAAAGUGCAAGUAGAUAAAUAGGUACCGCUCUGGCAGGAAGGUAAACGGCGUUUCCGUGCGCUGCUCUGUGCUCUGGUUGGCUAGAAGCAGCUUAGUCAUGCUGGCCACAUGACCUGGAAGCUGUUUGUGGACAAACGCCGGCUCCCUCGGCCUAUAGAGUGAGAUGAGCGCCAUAACCCCAGAGUCAUUUGCGACUGGACCUAAUGGUCAGGGCUAAGUUUACCUUUACCUAAGGACUAGAAGUUCAACUGGAAGGGAUUUCCAAAAAAUUGUGCCCACAUUACUGAAUGUACGGGCUCCUUGUGGGUAUGAGCUGUGCGCCCAAGUCAUGGGUGACCCCCCCCAACAGCGACCCCCAAAGACCUCAAGGAUCAAAAGGAGAGAUAUACGGGGUCAGGCUCUUGGUCUGUAUCCUGCUCUACUUUUGAUUCCUUGGAGUUAGUUGGGUAUCUCUCAGUGUUAGGCUGUUGGUCCCUCAUUGCUUUUUGUGAUGGGGCCUUGUACAUAAUGAAACAACAAGUGGUUCAAAGAAGGCUCUUUGGUGCAGUUACAAAAAGUUGCUCUUUCUUUUCUUUUCUUUUCUUUUCUUUUCUUUUCUUUUCUUUUUUACUCAAAGCUGUUUCAAUAACCUAAAAGCCUAUACAUCCUGUGGAGAAUAAAAUGUUGGUCUGCGAUAAUGACUACGCAGGAGGGAACAUCUCUCCAACUGCAGUCUGAAAUGAGAGCCAGUGGCGUAGCGUGGGUUGUCAGCACCCGGGGCAAGGCAAGUAAUUUGCACCCCCUAACCCGUGGAUUUUAGCACUCGAGUCUCUUCCGCGCCCCCCCAGAUGUUGCGCCUGGUGCGGCUGGCCCCCCCUGCACCCCCCACGCUACGCCACUGAUGAGAGCUUCUAUGAGCCAGUGGUCUCUUGGUAGCCAAGCGAUGGCUUGAGAGCCAAGUACUUCAGUGCAUCUGCAUGUGCGAAGAGGUUGAUUUCUACGUAUUAGAGAAAUUAUUUACCGUGAAAUGAAGCAAGUAUAAAACCAUCCAAGAUCCUGGCUUCAAAGGCUCAUACUUUUGGCUUUCUUUGCUUUUUUUGCAACUAAUUUAUAUUGUUGAAAUGUUUACCCCACAACUUUCCCCCAUUUAUAAAGAUAUCAAAGGAUUAAAUCAUUUGCCCAAGGUCAUGAAGGCAGCCUUUAGUGGAACUCAAAUCUCUCAGUUCCUAAAAUACCGUAACCAAACAGCCCCAAUCUAGUAUAAAAUUAGACGUCUGGCUAAUGAGAGGUUGAGGGAGAUCUGUGAACUUGAUCAUUAGCUGUCUUGUUUUCAAAGCUAAAGCAGAAAGUUUGGAGAGAACAAUUUCUAUCACUGUCUUUCACAUGCAGAGAUAAUGGCAGCUUCAGUAUUGUAUAUCAUCUAGGAUAAGGCUGGGGAACCUGUGGUUUCCAGAUGUUAUUGGACUACAGCUUCCAUGAUCCCUAUUGACCAUGUUGGUUGGGGCUGAUGGGAGUUGUAGUCCAAAAACAUCUGGACAGGUCGGUGAAGGCUGAUCUACUUGUGGUGCUGAAGGCAUAGAGCUGGCCACACAGUCUCCUGGCAUUUGGAAGCAACAUGCAUGGUGGAACACCUUCUUGGUAGCCAAAACUAUAAUCAUCUUUCCAUAUUCUAAGUCUGCUGAAGAGGCUUUCGGUGUGUAGAUGGUCUCUAAUCUGAUGUAAAAGGGGCAUUCUUUCAUAGGUAUGAAAAGGGGAAGUUAAAAAGAAGAUGAGGUCCCCCCCAAUCUCUCUUAAAAAGAGCUUUCUGCUCUGCAAAUUACUUUUGUAGACAAGACCCAGCUGGAGUCUUAAGUGGCUGUUUUUGUCAAAUCCCAUCUGAAUCAGAUCUGCUGAGGAUAAAAAAGCUUUGAGAAAUCCAAUUCAACCCUCUCCCAUCACCUUCUGUUCCUGUCACAUCCUUACUGUCCAAAAAGAGAAAAGAAAAAGCCUCAAAUUACUGUAGCUUUAAGGCUCUCACGAAGCAAUUCCACAUUUUUGGAUGCGGCUGACCUUCGGACCAAUUUCACAUUUCUCUCUCCUGGAAUUACUUCACUCUUAGCAUAGGCAGCAGUUUUAACCAGAUUAAAUUAGAGGACACCCCCGCCCUGCCUUCGCUUUAUUCUUCGAGAUAGAUUUAAAUUCUGUAACUAACGGUAGAUGUAAUUGACAAAGUUUUUUCACUUGAAAAUUAUGCUUUGAUUACGGGAAAUAAGGAUGGAACUUCAUAUCCAUCAAAAUCUGCAGACGUUCUAGUGCUACCUGUCCAGGACUGCCUAUUGGCUAUCAAAGGAGAUGUACAAGUGAGAGCCUUGUGCUAUAUAAGGGCUAUGUUUUCUUUACAUCAGAACCUUUAAGUUUGAUGGCCAAUAUUUACUCCAAGAACUUGGUUCUCACAUGAUUUGGAUUUUUGUGUGUGGAGGGGGGAAGUCUAGGAUGACAGAAGCCAUUGCAUAGGAGAAGGGCAAGGAAAUCAUUUCCCACUGAGAGCAAUACAAGGCAUUCUUCCUUGGCAAUCACUCAUAGCCAAGUAAGAUUGUCUUCCAUAAACACAGUUUUAACAGUGAGUCUGUAAGUGACUGUGGAGGUCAGUUCUGGAUCCACACGUCUUUCCACAGUGGAGACAUAGGUUUCCAGACGGGAGUUGAUCAGGGUGAGGGUUUGCCAAGCAUGCCUUCCUCUUAGCACAUUUCUCCCUUUCGUCCUGAGUUCUAGCAUCUUCAAUGCCCAUGGCAUCUUUGGUAAAGGCUGUUCUCCAAUUGGAGCACUCACAGACCAGUGUUUCCCAGUUGUCAGUGUUUAUAUCACAUUUUUUUUAGAUUUGCCUUGAGAGAAUCUUUAAACCUCUUUUGUUGACCACCAGCAUUACGCUUUCCAUUUUUAAGUUUGGAAUAGAGUGGUUGCUUUGGAAGACGAUAAUCAGGCAUCCACACAACAUGACCAGUCCAACGAAGUUGAUGUUGAAGAAUCAUUGCUUCAACACUGGUGAUCUUUGCUUCUUCCAGUACACUGGCAUUAGUUUGCCUGUCUUCCCAAGUGAUGUGUAAAAAAUUUCAGAUACACUGUUGAUGGAAUCUUUCAGGGAGUUCGAGAUGAUGUUUAUAGGUGGUUCAUGUUUCACGAGCGUACAGUAAGGUUGGUAGUACAAUAGCUUUGUAAACAAGCAUUUUGGUUUCCCUGCGAAUGUCCCAGUCCUCAAACACUCUGCACUUCAAUCAGGAGAAAGCUGCACUCACAGAACUCAGGCAUUAUACUCCUGCCUUCUGAACAGUGGAUGCCCUGCAGAGUCCCACUCUACUUUCUGACUCUUCACCUUGAAGUUUCUACAUGCUCUGAAGGCUGUAGUAAAUAUGCUGUUGAAAUUCUUACACUGCCAAGUUCUGCACUCAGGCUGUCAGUACCACAGACACAUCCUUUUUUCGUACAAAUAUUAAUCACAAUGUCAAAAGAUGCAAUGUCUGUCAGAUCACAAUGUCAGAAAUAAUAGCACCUGUGAACAGAAAAUAAUAGAAAACAAAUUUUAAUUAAAAAAUACUACUGGGUAUGUGAAAUAUGUGCAAAAAUAAUGGAAGUCAAGGGCAGUUGUUUUAGACAAAGUCUAGAUACUUUUGCACACAAAACCUGUCUGCUGAUUUUUACAUUUCAGAAACAAAUAUAAGCUCUGCAACACCAACUUUUGCAUCCCAAAAUGAUUCGUUAAGCACCAUUCGGUUCCAUAUUGAUAGAGUACUAUUUUUAUAAGAUUGUAUUUGGAAAUGAUGAAUUCAAAGGUUGAAGGUUUCGCUAUGUUUUGAAUCUGCUCAAAACUUUUAAAGACUUGUAUCCGACCCCACAAUAAGCAAAAUGUGGAAGUUUAUAUGAUGUUUAUUCACAAAGGGGUGGGGGUGGGGAAGGCAGAGCCCACUUUUACCCUCUAUAACAAAAUGGGUAGAUCUGGCACUGGAGGAGCCUCACUAUCAAUCACAGAAACACAUAGGGAGCUAAUAUAAUGAUGGUUGACUGGGAACAGAUAUGGACCACAGGUAUGAAAUUUACGGCAUGUAAUGCCUUAAGAGAAAACUUAAUGAAAAUGAUUUAUAGGUGGUACAUGACACCAGUCAAGCUUGCAAAAAUUUACCAUUUGCCCGAAAAUAAAUGUUGGAAAUGUAAUGAGACUGAAGGUACAUUCUUUCACCUUUGGUGGACAUGCCCAAGGAUUAAGACAUUCUGGGAGAUGAUUUAUAAUGAAAUGAAAAAGGUAUUCAAAUAUACCUUUCUGAAGAAACCAGAGGCCCUUCUCCUGGGCAUGGUCGGCCAAUUGGUGCCAAAGAAGGAUAGAACUUUUUUUAUGUAUGCUACAACAGCAGCAAGAAUACUCAUCGCGAAGUAUUGGAAGACACAAGAUUUACCCACCCGGGAAGAAUGGCAGAUGAAGUUGAUGGACUAUAUUGAAUUGGCGGAAAUGACUGGCAGAAUCCGAGACCAGGGAGAAGAGUCAGUGGAAGAAGAUUGGAAAAAGUUUAAAGACUAUUUACAGAAAUAUUGUAAAAUUAAUGAAUGUUAGAAAAAUGUUGGAAUGAAGUUAUAUGGCUUCAGCAGAAAUGUUAUAAGGAAUUAAGUAUAAAUAGAUUAAUAGAGAAUUAAAGGGAAAAAAAGGUUAAAAUGUGUUAAGAUAAUUAUAGGAUAGAAAGCAGAGGAAGAUGGAAAGGAAUUGCUGAAACAACUAAUAGAAGUGGAAUACAAAAAGGGAGGUGUGAGGAGGUCAUGGAAAUAAGUGAAUGAAAGAUUGAAACUAUUUGAUGUGUUUUAAAUUGUUUUUGUUUUGUUUUCUUAGUUUUCUUAGUUUAAAUAGUUUUUGUUAGUUUAGUGUUAGGUAUUGUUUUUGUAUUGUAUUGUAUUGUUUAUUUUCUUUUUCUAUGUAAUGUCCAAAUUGUUGGAAAGUAAUAAAUAUUAUUUUAAAAAAAAGAAAGAAACACAUAGGGAGCACCUCCCCACCCCCCGGAAGGCUUAUAUCCCAUUGUAUCAUAUUCCCUGUGUCACUAUGUACGUACUACGUAGCGUUCAUAUGAGGUUCAUAAGCUUUCCUGCUUGGGAGGGGGACACACCUGGAUGGUAGCUACACAGGUGCCCUCCUCCUGAAUUGCUCGGUGAUGAGGUCAGCAAUAUAGAAAUCGUUUUGAAGAGAUACAUUGCGGAAUUGUAUCUUCCCCGCUUCGUAGCCCUUGUUUCCUUGUGAGAUGUGUUGCCUUGCCAGUCUUGCUGCUGGGAUCUCAACGCUUCUCUUCCUACUGCGACUCACUCUCUGAAGCAGGAAAUUUAUCUUCAUAGUGAAAGCAGCUCAGCGCGUGGACUUUCUCAGACUGAGGCAGGUCAUCAGGGUCCUGCCUACUGUACAAGUAAUGGACAAGUAAUGGCAGCAGUGUAUCAGAAAGGGGAUUCUGUAGCAAUCUGGCUUUAAUGGGAGCACAUGUUCUUUCCCAGGAGUUGAUUUCACGGAUCGACAGGAAUCUGACAACAAUUAUUUUUUUUGUCCAUUGCUCCACACUGAAUGCUGAAGAAUAAAAUCCUGGUUGUAAUUUCUGUUAUGCUUCUUCAGAUAGAGGUUUUCUCUGAAUUGUUGUAGGACAGAAGGGGUAUGGGCCUCUUUAAAUCACUCAGGCUUUUAUAUGCCCAUACUCAACAGCUCAACUGAGAAGGAUUGCAAAUCCACACAGAAGUAGUAAAAGAGAGAGAGAGAGAACUCAAAACUUUAAAGUAGGUGUCAGCAACUGGAAGUCCAUGGGACAAGUCCAAUUUGCCUAGAAACAGAAACAGGAUGGGGAGCUGAAUGGAGACAGUCGUAUCUGUGCCAGCAAAGCUUUCUGACUAUCCAUGUUAGAGGGUGAAAGUUCUGGUACAAUACCUCCCUCCUCACCCCAACCCUAUUCUGGAAUCUGAAAAAAUGAGACUCAAAAGUCUUCAUAUUGAUUUGCAUUCAGUAGUAUUCAAAAAUCUCCAGUGAGAAUUUAGAGAAUUCCAUGUAAAGCAACUGCAAAAUCCAAAAUCCCACAUAGCUACAUUAAUAAUUUGAGAAGUGAUUGGGAGGUGUGCAUGUCAAACUUUGCAACAUAUCUAUUUAAAAUUUAUGUUCUGAAUCCCUACCCCCUUUCCCAAGGAAUGGGGAGGAAUCGCUCUUCCAGCACUAAACAUCCUGUUGUUUCACACAUGUCUUGCUACAUAUGGGUACUGAUUAGCAUGCUGUUCCCACUGGUUUGGGGAAGAUUCCCCUGUUCCCUUACCCAUCUCCAAGACAGGCUUCCACCACAGCCUUAUGUAUUAGGCAUUCUCAUAUUUUGCACUGGAUAGAGUUUGUGAGUUCCCCAUUUCCCCUUGUGCAGGUAGCUUGGAGGUUGCACAUUUACCUGGCAUUAAGCUCCAAUGAACAAAUUGCUAAUUUCUUCCAGGUUAAUAAUGUGCAUAGGAACCAGGCUGCAAGAAAGAUUGACAGAUGAGGUUUUUUAUAGCAAGCACUGUUAGGCAAAUCUUCCUGACAGAUUCACUGCUGCCCAGCAGGCUGGAUAAAGUUUGGCCUUGUCUUCUCUUCUGGGCUUCUGGGGACUCUGCAAUAAGGGAGCAGCCUCUGGACUAUGAUGGUUGUGACCAGAGGGAACAGCAGGAAUGGGCAUGUCGAAGCACAGAGGCAGCACUUGAUGCGCCAUGGAGGAAAGGAGAAGGAAGCUUGCUCUUCAAACUUGCAAUUUUUUCCUCUCCAGGGAAACCUAGCUAUAGGGAGAAAAUGGGAUUGGUGGAUGCAUAUCCCAGCACAUUAUGUGGAAUAGCUUUGAAUACACAGAUUGUGAGGGAAAGUUCCGAAAUAACAAUGAGCACGCAGUAUAGAGGAAGAUGGAGAAAAGUUUGGGGUUUGAGAGCAUUCUGGGGAAACGACUAGAAAAGAAGGCUAACAGAGGACUAAAAACAUUUUUAUACUGUGUGUGAGCUCAGCUACUAGAUUUUGCAUUAAUGCUUUUCUCCAUAAUCUAUUGUGCAGUUAAAGCCAUGGAGCAGUUUAGUUCCCCUUAAUCGUGAGCUGAAUUCUACAGUUAUUUCUUUAGCUCUUCCCACAAAAAGGUGGCAGUGGCCAUCGCUGAACCAACUCCUUUGCUACAUACCUGGUACAGAUUGGGGAAAGUAAUAUUUUUAAAACUGCCUUCUCAUUGAAAUUUGAUAUGCCCAUGUCAGGGUUAUUGAAGGUGACUGUUGGAAUUAUUUGUUUGGGGAAGAUUUUAGCCGAUUCUGCUAUACAUUGCCACAUGAGCUUUGGUACUUCUUUCUCAGUUGUCUUCUCCUUUCUUUCCAACAGAAGAGCUCAGACUUCUAUAAGACUCCUCCAUCUUUGCUCCGGCGAUUGUAUGAUGGCCAAGGGAUUUCCUAUGAGGCACUGCUCAGACUGUCAGGCAAAGAGGAAGUCAGUAAGUCCUGUUCCCCUCACCUUCCGAAUAGUUACGGCAGUUUCCCAUGAAACAGAAGAGUAAAUUUGGCAUUUAGGCAACUCAAGUCACCUUGGUUACUUGAAAAGCCUUUUUUGUAAGCUGCUUUGAGGCUUUUUCUUACAAUCAAGAGGUAUAUAAAUUUUAUGAAAUAAAAAUAAAGUAUGAAAUAAAAAAAUAAAAAUGGGACAUUUUUAUGUUUUUCGUUCGAAGUACCUUCUAUGAAGUCUACUUUACAAUAGCAGCAAGCAUUCCAGCAGAGAGCCCGACAAGCUAUGCAUGGAAUAGAAUAGAUUUAGGGGUUGCCUUCACAUAUACGAACCAUCCUCAGAUUUCUGUUGUAAUUAUUACAUUUAUAUCCUACCUUUCCUCCAAAGAGCUUGAGAUUUUUCACCUUCCCACUACUUCAAAAUGCUAAUUCUUUUUUAAAAUCUUCACAAUGACUCUGUGUAGUAGGUUAGUCUGAGAGAUAGUUACUGCCCCAAGGUCAUUGAAUGUGCUUAACAGCUGAAUGGGGACCUGAGCUCUGCUCUCCCUCCCAGGUCCUAGUCCAACAUUUGGAGGAAGGGGAUAUUUGCAGCGGCAGCCAGAAAUGUAAAUCUAAAUGCAGGACGAGCCACACCUACAACAAAAUGGACAUUGUGUGUGAGAGUUUAAUCACCCUUGGAUUUGGGAUGGGAAAAUUUCUAGAGAGAGUUGGGAAUAUUUCUAUUAAUGCAAAAUGCAAGCUGUAUUUCCUGGCAGGAAUAACAAUAACACCUUAAGAUAUCAAAAGAUGUAGUCAACACCUGAAAGUGUCAUUCAGUGACAAAAGUUUUCAGCCCAAUUAUUUCAGAAUAUUCUGGAUGACACCAUCGGUCAUCAGCAGUUAAAUAGGCUAUGCACUGGAAUCCUAAUGAAAACAUGAACACACAAAGAAAAAAAAACAUGAAAUAAAGACUUAAAAGAGGUGUAGAACACCAUUGCUUGUGUAUUAGCAUAAUCUCUUAAAGCACCCAGUACAUCAAGGGCCUUGAUAAGUAAGCCCCCUGCUGACUAUUAGAAAGCACACUGCUCCCUGGAAAGUAAGUUAAGUCCAUAGAUCUUCACCCAAAGUAUUUAAGAGCUUAAUCUUAAAUUAAAAACUCACUACUUAAGUCCCAGCAGGCAUCUGUUCCACCUUACAAACCAGUCAUGGCCUGGAGAUGUGUAUUGUGCUUUGUUAGCCCAGAACCCCUGUUCUUUCUUUUUUUCAGAUCCUCAGGCACUUGCCUCUUCCCAGAAACGUAAGUCAGCUCUUAUUUUGCUUGCUUUGCACACCAGAAGGUCUCUGGGCUAUGGCUUGAUCCCUAACGAUAGCUUGAAGCAGCUGUUGAAGGGUGAGGCUAAGGGCUCAACCAGACUUGCGCUUGCUCUGCCACUUCCCCCGGGAAAACCCAAUCUUUACCGCUGAAUCGGAGCAAACAUCAGGUGUUCUCCAAAUUGAUGUUUGCUCCAAUUUAGCACCAAAAAGUGGAUUUUCUGGGGGGAAACAGCGGGGCAAAGGCUUGGACCCAUGGCUAGAAAGCACAGGAUGAGAUUAAAAAUGCUCAUACUCCUACUUUCUAGGCACAGAACAAGUGGAAGUUUGGACAAGCCCUAAGGUUGCUUACAGCCACCAAGUGAAUUUAUGGUGGAGGAAACAUUUUCAUGAGAGAGUCACAGUCUAAUAAGGUUUUUAAACCAUGCGUAAAAAGCAGAAGAAGCUGAAAUGGGGCUCUUUGCCUCAUCUCCAGCCACCCAUAUCUUUCACUCUGGGGGGUUUCUCUCCUCUCUCUUCCCCUAUGGUACUUGGCAUUUAUAGCAUGACCAGUCCAGGCCAAUGGCUUCACUGAGGCCAGGAUUCCCAAUGGAACUGCAGUAAGAGUGAUGGAAGUAGUUCCUAGGAUGACUGGCAUAAGAAUUAGGUAGAAGUGUGUGCAGGUGAGACUGGGGACAGCAUGUAAGAAUGAUAGAAUGAGACAGGAAGAAGAAAAGAGAGCAGUUUUCUGCUCAUGAUAAAAAGUGAUGAGAGAGUGAAAAGAAGACUACUGACUGUUGAUUAAGACUGCAAUCCUAUACACACUUACCCAGGAGUAAGUCCCAUUUUACUCGAAUAGAUAGGUAAAGGAUUGUUCUGUAAUGCUGCAGUCCUAAACCUGGUUAGUGAGGAGUAACCUCCAAUUAACUCUUUGGGCUUACCUCUGAGUAAACAUGCAAAGGAUUACAAUUGAAAGCAAUGCCCCACAGGGGGAAAAGAAGCUGUUAUCUUUGCCACUGUCAGUUCCAGAUGAUGAUGAUGAUGAUGAUGAUGAUAUUAUUAUUAUUAUAAUUAUUAUUAUUCCUUGCCCAUCUGAGUAUGCUGCCACAAAAUAGGCAAUGGCAGGAGAUAUGACAAAGAAAAGAUGUCUGGAAUCUCUUAAGAUGAAUGAAUGCAGAUGGUUAUAGGACACAAGUGAGAGAUGAAUGUCAGGGAACAGAUGACCAAAGACGGAUUUUUCUCUCAUAUAUAUACAUUUACUUGGCUUUCCUGCUUCACCUGCUCGCUGUGCCCACUGCUAUCAUGAUGCAGUCGGCAUGGCCAUCUAUUGUCAUUUACACAAACUGUUCCAUGACACUUUUUUAAAACAGAAACAUUAUAUAGUAAGAAAUGAAUGAGGUGUUCAGCAUGAUACUGAUAUUCCAUAAGUUCCUCAACUUACAAUCAGCAAUAUCUCCCUUUCUGAGAAGCUGGUUUAAAAUGGUGGCGGCAGUGUGUUAUUUACAGAAACUUAUUUGUGACCAUUGUACUUGUGACCACUGGAGUCAUCCCUGAUGAUCAGAAUGCAAGUAUCUAAUCAGAGUCUACAAGAAAGGCACCCAAACACCACCAUAGUAGAUUUAGAAGCCAUUCAUUACAAUAGUGCUGUUGUUUCUUUUCUAAAAUCUGAAAUCCAUCUGAUACCUGUUGUAACCCUCUUGUUUUUCUCUGUAGGAGAUAUGCAUGAUUUCUUUGUUGGACUCAUGGGGAAAAGGACCACAGAGCCUGGUAGGUGUGUAAGCCAAGAGAUUUCACACUCAAACACACUCCUUGAAAAUCUUGAUAGGCUUCAAUAGAUUUCUUGGUAGAUUUCUUAGUUGGAAAGUACGGUAAGGGUUCUUUCUUUCAACUUUCUAAUUCUUAGGCAGGGCUGUGUGUUUGAUGCAGUUCUGUGGAAACGAAGGAGGAAAAACCCAAAACACGGCAUUAGUUUUAGAAUGCAGUUUCAUGGGAAUCUGAGUUUUCAUUUUAAAAAGCAAUUACCUGGUGGGUUUGGUGGUUAAGGGCCAAUAUCCAGGGCUUAAUCUUUUCAGAUUGCAUUAAACUAGAUCAUACAGCAGUGGAGAAGGUGGAACAUGGUAAAGCAGCUACAGCUAAAAGGAAAGCAAAGAACAAGGGUAAGGGAGGAGGAAGGAGAAACUGUCAUAUUUGUAGUGGGUGAUUUCUAUUUCUUGUUUGGUCUGCUCUACCCCUGGACAAAUGGAACUGCAGAAAAAGAAUCUGGCUGUAGCUUGUUUCUUCCCUCCCCACCUUCCAUAGUUGGUCCUCAGGAUAAGCACACUCGUUCCUUCAGCUUUCCUCAUAGAACCUUCCAUCUUGAUGACCACCAUUUGAGGUGUAACAACAGGAGUGAGAUGUGUCCCAUCGCUAAUGCAUGUCUGAAUCAAUAUACUCUCAGAAGAAACUCCAUGUACCCAUAGUGGUUAUUUAGGACUGUCUGAAAUGGAAAUAUUAUUCACUCAUAACUCAAGAGUUGAAUGAAGAAAUAAAUUCUGCCAUGUUAACUGAUUGUAAAGGCUGGGGAACCGGGCAAGGAAUCCUUUGAUGUCGUUACCUUUGAGUUAGAGGGAAGAUGUGGUACCCACCAAAGGGACUGAACAGAAAUGGCUCUGGGAAAAACUAACUUGCUUCGUUCUCUAAUUUCAGAUAAUCCCACAGAUGUCAAUAAGGGAACACUCACUGGUUUUGGUGACCUAAAGUAUUCAUUGAAUGCAGAAUGAGGUAAGGAAGAAGGGACCCAGAACUUGACUAUAAGGGAGAGGGAUUAUUUGAAAUACUGCUCCGCAUGCACACACACACACACACACACAUUCACCGACACAUGCACAAAUGCAAAUGCAAGUGCACUCACAACUGCUCAUACAUUUUUCUUUUGUCGUUAAGUUGAAGUGUAGAUUCCUGCCCCUCAUCGUAGAAGAACAAUAUGUUGAUCUCCAGGCAUUUCCAGUGCAAGUCAGAGGCACAUUGCAGAUGCCACAAACCUGGCACCAAUGCCAUCUAUUCAGUACAACAGGAGCAGGGGGAAAGGAUAUUUAAAGAGAAAUGCUCAUACAAGGAACAAAGCUACUUUGAUAGGUUGCUGCAUGUAGACCUAGAGACCAUGACAAGUCCAACUUUGAUGGGUUCGCAAGAUUGCAAUUUACAAGUGGGAAAGUUACACUAGAAUUGGUUAGCCCAGUCACUUUUCUGGAAGAAAGCAAUGGACAAGAAGUGGUCAUGAAAUUAUUUUCAGAAAUCUUAUGACAUGGUAUGGCUAGUAAGAGAGAGUAAACUCAUAGCUUUUUCCCCCUUGUGUCUUUAGAAUGAGUUUAUCCUCUUCUCUUAACUGUAUCAUUUCAUUCAUAAAAUGGGUGGAAUUGAUCAAGGGGUGGCUUUCAGGAGGCAAUCUUUCCAACUUGGUUAAGAAAAUAAAAAGAGAAAGUUACAUGUCCUUAAGGUAAGGGUAAAGGGACCCCUGGCCGUUAAGUCCUUAUUGCAGCAUAAAACUAUCCUCCUUCUUCUGUUACAUGAGGACUAUGUUAUAUGCCAAAGCUGCUUUUUCAGCCAUCUGGGAAAACAUUAACCAUCUACAUCAGGCUGUGCAGCCAACUGUACUCCUUUCUUGCCAUUUCUCCAAUUAGCAUAGUGAAUGGGUAUGUGACCUCCUUUUUUGUUAACUCUUCAGUUCCAAUAAUUUGGUGAAUGACAGUAGUUAUUCCAUGAUUAUGAAUUUGUGAUGUAAUUUCAAUGCUGCUGCUGAUAAGCCAAUGACACUUAGACUAUAGAACAAUGCUUUCUCUCAGAGCCACUAACUUCCAAAUGUAAUUGCUAUGCAUUUUCAGGAUACAGAAAAAUCAAGCAUUUUGGGAACUUCACACAGAUGAAUCAACACUAUGCCCACUACUUUCUACUAGUUGGCUCCUCUGCUUCUGUGUGUGCCUACAAGAAUUCUAUAUAUUUAACUGAACACUGUUAGCAUGUGGGUGCAUGUUGUUGGUAUAAUGUUUGUGUAUACAAUACCUAAGUGAUGCUGCAUGUGCGAAAUGGCUAUAUCAUUGGCUUCACACUUCAGACCUUGUUCCCGCGUCACUUCAAGCACAAUUGAAACAGAGUUAACAAUGCAGUGGAGUCAGUUCACGAAUUCAAAUUCAGUAAUGAGUCACUUGGUAAUAAGACAGUGACUCAGCAGCACAUAAUUUGUCAAAACACUUUCUAGUAUGAAAUGCAGCUAACAUUUUUUAAAUUGUAUUUAAUAACCUGUGUCUUGCUUUUCUCUGUCUAAGGUUGAACCCAAUGUAGGUAAAAGCCAAAAUAAUCAAAUAAGACAAUAAACCACAGUAUUCAGCAACUACUAAAAUCCAUAAAAUAUGCAAAUUUCAUUGCCAUUCAGAACUAGAAACAAGCAUUGAUGUAUCUAAUGAUGCAACAGGUGGUGGCCUUUUUCCGUGUUCCAUCCUGCCAACAUUGCAGAUAGCAGUGGAAGUAACAAAGGUCAAUUCCAGAUUGUUGCUCUUUUGUGGGUGGGAUUCAAUACCAUACCCACACAAAUGCAUGUUCUACAAAGUGGAUUUCUUGUGCCAGAAACCUGAUUCUGAGGAAAUUAGGCCUUUUGAAGUAAGGAAAGGCAUGUGAAAAUGCACUGGGAAGUGUGGGAUAACAAUUGCUUGAUUUCACAUUGUAUGCAAACAAAUAAUAAUAAUCAGUAAUGAGAUUACCUGGAAGGGACUGUGUACUAUGCAAUCCACGAAGCAGCAGGAAUCUCUCUAUAAAUAUGUAAAAAAUGGUUGCUAUAUUUUAAAGGAUUUUUAAAAUAAUAUAGAAUAGGCAAUAACCAAGUUUUUUAAAAUAUUUCAGAUCCAAGAUUAGUAAAGAAUAUAGUUUGCUCCCCCCUCCCCCCUCUGUCUCACUGUCUUUAAUAUUACAUAAUUAGUACUGAACUCAGAUGCAAUUGUGUUUUAUGCAUAUAUUUUUUUUACAGAAACCUGUACAAAAAAAAUCAAAUGCCCCUCUAACUCAGAUUGAAAUCUGAAUUUUUAAAUUACCCACCUAAAAGUCUUGGCUACUAUUUUGGACACAGUCAUUGAACCAAUGCUUUGAUAGUUGUCAUAAAUAAUAACGUUUCCACACUGGGUGUGCAAAUUUGGCUUGCCAAGCUGAUCUCACAGUUGCACAUACUUAAGGGAUAAACAAAGCUGAACAAGGCGGUAGCAUGGGCCUGUAGGAUACAGAUCAGGUGUGCUCAUUAUGUUCCAAAAGCAGCCAUCCCCACUGGAAAACUGAUACAAAACUGCUUUAUCUUGAGCAAGUGCCACUGAAAUUCUUGCUCAAGUAGAGAAACCGAAGUCAUAGUUUUUGUUUAACAAACAAAACAUUGGAAAUGUGUUGUUCUGAGUGAAACACAAAAGCUCGCUGUGGGUUAAACCACAGAGCCUAGGACUUGCCAAUCAGAAGGUCGGCGGUUCGAAUCCCCGCAACGGGGUGAGCUCCCGUUGCUCGGUCCCUGCUCCUGCCAACCUAGCAGUUCGAAAGCACGUCAAAGUGCAAGUAGAUAAAUAGGUACCACUCCAGCGGGAAGGUAAACGGCGUUUCGUGCACUGCUCUGGUUGGCCAGAAGCGGCUUAGUCAUGCUGGCCACAUGACCCGGAAGCUGUACGCCGGCUCCCUCGGCCAAUAAAGCGAGAUGAGUGCUGCAACCCCAGAGUCAGCCACGACUGGACCUAACUGUCAGGGGUUCCUUUAUCUUUUACUUCCUUGUACUCUAAACAUUUCUUGCCUGGGCUCAAAGAACCACAAAUCCUUUCCAUGAAACUGAGAGAGCUUUAACAUCAGCCACUCCCACCCAUGUUACAUGACAGCUACUUUUGAAACUGAUGGACAUUUCCCAAGCAGUUGGUAGUAUGGGAUGGGGAUCAGCUGUUGAAAUGGGAAAGUAAAAAAAAUUACCUGUGCAACCCCCUAAUUUAAGCAGCUAUUUGGAUUCCAGCCUGCCAUUUUCUUCCAUGCCCAGACCUGAUUCCAAGACAGGGAACUGUGCUGAAUGUUGGAACCAAUUUAACUUCAGCCUUCUCUGCCCCCCUUGAUCUCUCAUACAGGUAUCCAUGUAGGAGUGUGGACAGUCACAAUGUCUGCAGGACCUCAAGAAACCAACACAAAGCUGAUUUCAUCCACCAAAGCCCAGCACACUCUCAACCAAACCAGAACCCUUCGAUGUACUAUGGAGACCUCGUAUUGUCCUGUGCUUCCUUGUUGCCAUGUUCUUUUCCUUGAUUCUGCCCUUUAUUCCAGCCUUUUCCUCACUGUAACUCUCUAGUGUUCACUGUUUGGAAAGUUUGAAAGUAACCCUUCCCCAUGGUGCUUUGUCCCUCUGUGUACAUAUUUACCUGAUCUGCAGAAAACUCCUAUGCCACAAGCAAAAUCACCCUCACUGCCCACCCUUUUGUGGCACAGAUUAAGAACACCUCAAAAUCUUCUACAAUUACAGGGUUUUUACUUAUGACCUGCC